UGUCCCACCUCUGAUUUGUGCCCUAGGUGCACACCACAGAGGGCUCAUGUCCUUGUGAGGGGGUUCUCUGCUCCCAGAGGCUGGAGUGAGAGCUGGGGCAGCUCCUGGAUCCACCAUGGACCAGACAGGAUGCCCACCCUCAGAAAGCAGCUGGGGUCUGUCAAAAACAACAGCAUCUGUGUUUCCCUCCUCCAGUUUGACCUGGUGUGUGAAAGGACGAUCCUGAACGACAUCUCCCAGUCCAUCUACAUGGCUGGGCUUCUCGUAGGAGCCAGCUUCUUUGGGGUGCUAAGUGACAGGAUCGGCCGCCGGCCAGUCUUUCUGAUCUGCAUGCUCCUCCAGGGCGUGUUUGGUCUAGGAACUGCCUUUGUGCCCCAUUUCUAUGUCUACAUCGCCUUCAGGUGUGUCGUGGGGGCUGCAGUGUCAGGAAUUAUGAUUACUGUCGUGGCCGUGGGUACAGAGUGGGUUGGAAUCUCCUACCGGCCUAAGGCAGUGCUUAUUGCUCACGCCGCUUUUGCCAUCGGACAGAUGAUGGUGGCUGGAUUGAGCUAUGGAAUCCGCAACUGGAGGCUGCUGGAGAUUGCAGGAUCCGCUCCUAUGUUUGCCCUUUUCUUCUACAUCUGGUAAGCAGGAGUUGGGCAGAGCUUCUGUAAGA